AGCCAAUCAGAGUGCACGAUUGCUCAUAUCCAGUGAAUGUGGAUAGAAUAACAGAAAAUUGUAUUAAUGAAGAAACUGCUUCUUUGUCCAAAUGUUUUGACUGGUAUGUCUGGUAGUGUUGUACUCAAGAUCAGUCUUAAGACCACAUUUUUACUCAGUCUUGUCUCUGUCUCAGAUAUAGAGGACUCAGGAUUUUAUGUCAAGACCACAGCUGUGGGGAUUUCACUAAAUUGCCUGUGCAUUGUCUGGUUUACUGUAUUUGUUAACAUCGUUACUGUGAUUGGAUGUAAAACUUCCUGCUUCAAGUUCGACCAGUAAUGUGACUCAUUGCCAUUUCAAAAUUUUUCUUCCUGUUAACGGCUGUCACUCCUCCCCCACCCCCUUCAUACACACUGGUCUGGUCCUGGUCUUGACUCAGUCUUGUCCUGCUUUGGUCUUGACUUGAUCUCAGCCCCUCAAAGUCUUGGUCUUGUCUUGGUUUAAGUGGUCUUGACUACAACACUAAUGUCUGGAUUUUUCAUUUCAUAGAGCUUCAGAGCAGUAGCAAAGGGCAGGGCUCAGUGCUCCUUGCAGGAACCCCAGAUGUUUUCAGGAGCACUGAUUGAUGAAGCAAAGCACCUGGGGAACCUGGUGUUCAGAGUGUGGGAGAAGAUGCAAGAGAUUGUUCAGUACACCUCUGUGAUUUUGGAUCCGAACACAGCCCACCCUGAACUCACCCUUUCAGAAGACCUGACCUGUGUCCUGCGUGGUCAUGGAACACAACACCUCCCGAAUAAUCCAGAAAGGUUUGAUCAGUCUUACUGUGUCAUGGGUUCUGAAGCAUUUACCUCAGGCGUCCAUAGUUGGGAUACUGAGGUCACAGGUGUUCCUGAUUGGGAGGUCGGUGUGACAACUGCAUUUAUCCCGAAGACUGGAAAAACCGUCGUGGAUAGCGAAACCUGGAGCAUCAAGGCUUCUCAUAGUCAAUAUCUGGCACAAUUUUCGACUGCAGCACCCUUUAAGCUCCAUCUUAAAGAGAGUCUACAGAGGAUCAGGAUUCAGCUGGACUGGGACAGAGGAGAGGUGGAAUUCUCCAACCCUGUUACCGAUACACACCUGUUUACUUUCAGCCAUUCUUUUACUGAUGGAGUCUUUCCUUUCUUCAUUACUCCCUGCAGAGAUUCAGUUCUGAGGAUAUUACCGUUGUAUAUUGAUUUUACACUGAAUACAGAGCAGGUUAGAGAGCGAGGCAAGUAGCUAAAGUAUUAAUCCAUGGAAUAUCUGCAGGGGACAUCAGAAAAAGCGAUAGAUAUAGUAUAAUUCAGCAUAGUACAUGUUUCCAGAGAACAGAACUUCAUCUCAUCUCAUUAUCUCUAGCCGCUUUAUCCUUCUACAGGGUCGCAGGCAAGCUGGAGCCUAUCCCAGCUGACUACGGGCGAAAGGCGGGGUACACCCUGGACAAGUCGCCAGGUCAUCACAGGGCUGACACAUAGACACAGACAACCAUUCACACUCACACCUACGGUCAAUUUAGAAUCACCAGUUAACCUAACCUGCAUGUCUUUGGACUGUGGGGGAAACCGGAGCACCCGGAGGAAACCCACGCGGACACGGGGAGAACAUGCAAACU